AGGCCCGGGCGGAGGGAGGGGCCGCUGCUGGGAGCCCCCCCAGCCUCUUCGAGCUGAGUGGGGUGGUGGUGAGCUCCGCCAUGGGGACCCUGGAGAGAGAGGUUUGGGGUAAGGGGGGCGCGGGGGUCCCCGGCCUGUCCCACUGCAAUGGGGGGUGUUUCACGUCUGUCCUAAUGCAGUUUGGGGAGGGAUCGUCUGAGUCCUGGGCAGUGGGGGGCCUGCGGGGGGGGGCGAGUCCCAGUAUAUGUGUGUGUUGGGGGCGGGUCCCAACUUGGGGGAUGUCGCAAGUGUUUGGUGGUGAAGUGGGGGGGGGGUCCCCAGGCUUCUUCCAAUGCAGCGUGUCUGGUGGGAGCUGAGUUAGGUAUGUGACAUCUGUGAUGGCAGCACAUUGAGCGCUGAGUGCCCCAGAGUUACCAGGACGUCCCCAUCCCUAGGGUCUUUGUGAGGAAGGCAUCGCUGUGGAACCUGACUGGACCAACUUGGACACGGGGCACAGUGGUGAUGGGUUCUUGUCUCUGCUUUAAGUGCAAGUGCCAAAAAGGACAUUUAGGUGAACAUUAAUCCAUGGACCAAAGUGUUACCCUAGUGGGAACUUCAGUCUCCAUUUUAUUUUGUUGUCUCUCUAAAUCUUUUCCGCCUCCCAGACUUAUAAAGCAUUCUGCAUCUCUUCUCUUCCCCCACCCCAAAGCACUUCCUGGACAGAUACUCCAGGGCAUCCUGCCUUUGCUUAAUAUCUAUUACCUGGAAAGGAUUGAGGACAUUGCUGUGAAAAAAGGACUCUCAACCCAGCCCAUAUGGCACAAACUCUGGAACGAUGUGAUGAAAAUCAGACCAUCCAAGUCAGAGAACAUAACAAGUUGGAGGAAGAAGUUCCUUGAAACUUUCUUCUCAAAUGUCCUGCAUGGAGUUUUGGAUGUUUCUUCAGAUCAGCGCCUGAGUGACCGUCAUUUUUCACCCCUACUCCACAGCUCGCGGCAUGUUACGCAGCUCACCAUCUGUAACAUGCUGCAGGGGGUAGCAGAGCUCACUGCUGAGCCCAACCAAAGAGUGCUAGAAAACCUGGCUGGCUCACUGAGAACCUUGAAGUUCCGUCAUCUGCUGACCUCCGAUCUGUCCAUUAGACAUUCACUAAGUUUGCUGCUUCAUCAUCUGAUCCACCAUGGAGCUGUCAGCCAGGUAUCCAUGUGUUCCUGGCCAGUUCCCGACAAAGUACUUUUAGUCCUCAUUCUGAGUAUGAGUGCUGGGUUUUGGCACCCAGGUAAGACACUUGUGCACCAGGGCAGCCCUUGCAGUCUUUGCAGAGAGGAGUCGGAUGCCCAAGGCCUGCUAACUCAAGAGGAUGAGGCCCUGCUAGAGUCAAAUCAGCUGUGCUGUGGAUCUGCUGAACAAUCAGAGACUGUCCAGUGGGGUGAUAGUGAGUCAAGAAGCAGGAAGGCCCAAACUGCUUCAGCCAAAGUGCUGCAAGAAGCUGAUCCUGACUCUCAAGCUUCUAUAGAACUGUCCAGGAGCAGCAGUGACACUGUUAAAACUCCAGUGCUCUGUGGAUUGAGGAGCCAUCCUCUGCAAAACCUAGCAUGUCAAGAUACAAGCUGCAAGGUGCCCCCUGAGUAUCACAACAUUAAAGGAGAGUCUUCUCCUUCCCUACCAAAAAGAUCUUCGGUUGGCCCCGCUUUCCGAAAGCCCUAUAGACGGUUUAAGACUGCGGUGGGGAGGAAGCGCCGCUGCACCAGGAGAAACCGCAGAGCUCGUGCAGACUCGGAAGAUCUAUAUGAUUUUGUCUUCGCUGUUGCUAGGGAGGAGGAGGAGGCGGCGGCAGAGUCGCUCUACGAAAGCAAUGCCCAGGAGGGGGAAAGCAUUGAUGGCUGGGCCCCUUCCCCAGCAGACACUCCUAGCUUUGAGGGCGUUGGCUGCACGGAAGGAGGAUCUGUCGGAAUCCUUCCUCUGAAAGCGGCAUGCCGCUUUCGAAGUGUAUCCACGCUGGAAUUGUUCUCCAUCCCUCUGACUGGGGACACCUGUCGGGCUUUGGGGAACCUGCUGAGCUCUUGGGCAUCUUUAGAAAAGCUGGUUCUGUCUUACAAUGGCCUGGGCGCUAAUAUCUUCUGCAUCCUGUCUGGGCUCCGGGCCCUCUCUCACCGCAGAGACUGCAGCCUCCAUGUGGUGCGUGUGAGUGACGUGUUCUCAUACAUCCCCUCGGUGGAGCUUGUUCGGUCCAUCCUGACUGCCUUCCCCCGCCUUCACACGCUGUCUGUCAGCUUUGAUCUCAAAAACCAGCUGGAGGGGAACAGGCCAGAAGGGCAUUCGAGCUCGGAGGCAGAAAUUCCAGAGAGCUGCCUGGAACAGUUAGAGAUCCGAUUCCCCAGAGAACCUCUGCAGACCAGUCUCCUUUUGCCUGUGUUGAAAGCCUCAAGGUCUCUCCAGCAGUUGUCCCUGGACAGUGCUACAAUUUCCUGUCCCCUGGAGUUUGGGCUCCUUCUGCAGGCACUCAAAGAGUGUAAUCCAGGCUUGAAGAGACUGAGCUUCCAUGAUGUGAACCUUGCUGACUACCAGAAGGAAGUUCUCCUCCUGCUGCAGGACCCUGUCCUUCAAGAAAUUACAUUUUCCUUUUGUCGGCUGUUUGAAAGCUGCACCACUGAGUUUCUAUCCAACAUAAUCAAAAUAGUGAAGAGAAAUUCAACUCUGAAGAGCCUCAAAUUGCCUGGAAACAGACUUGGGAAUCACAGGUUGGUUGCCUUGGCUGACAUUUUCUCUGAAGAUUCAUCCUCUUCCAUCUGCCAGUUGGACGUCAGCUCAAAUUGCAUCAAGCCGGACGGGCUCCUGGAGUUUGCAAAGAAGCUGGAGAGCCACAUCCUGCAGCGAGGCGGGCAGAUCACGUUUACCCACCUCCGCCUCUUUCAGAACUGGUUGGACCAAGAUGCUGCAACAGCGCAAGAGGCUCUUCGGCGGCUCAGAGCUGUGUGCAGCGUGGUCAGCAACACCUGGGACUCUUCGCAGGCCUUUGCUGACUACAUUAGCGUGAUGUAAUGAACGCCCAGGAACUGCUGUAAAAUCGUUAGCGAUAGCUUGAAAUAAAGUUGUACAGAACAGUG